AGCAUUCGUUGGCCGCGUCAGCUCCUCCUGCUGUCGCGGCCAUCGUUUGAUCUAAUUAGCUUUUCUCCAUUAACAGAAGAAGCUUGAAUUUGCUUUAGUUAAAUAUAUAACAAAUAAAAGGAAUGGUGGAGGGAUCUUCGUCAUCAUCAUCGACGUCGUCGUUGGGUGAGACGGAGGCGGAGGAGUUGCAACGGAUGCCAUUAGUGCCACCAAUAUGGAAGAACAAGAAGCAUUUGUCCAAGCAGCUGUCAAUGUGCGAAACAUCUCGCGACAUCGCAUGGGAGAAGCGACGACGCCAGAUUCUCCAACAGGAGCGGCGGAAAAAUGGUAUCAUCGACACGGAGGAUUUAACGGAUGAAGACUUGCACGAGCUCAAAGGGUGCAUAGAGCUUGGAUUCGGGUUCAAGGAAGAGGCGGCGGGUCAACAGUUGUGCAAUACUUUGCCUGCUUUGGACCUUUACUUUGCGGUGAACCGACAGCUUUCCCCUAGCCCAGUGUCGACACCACAGAGUCGCGCGUCGAGCUUGUCUCCCCUGGGUGGCCGGUCUUCGUCAUUUGAAAGUCCGAGAAGCGACUCUGAGUGGAAAAUUUGUAGCCCAGGGGAUAAUCCUCAGCAAGUGAAGACUAGGUUGAGGCAUUGGGCACAAGCUGUUGCAUGUUCUCUAAUGCAGUCAUAUUGAAGUGUGGGAUGGCCUGUAGAGAUACAAACAGGGAAAAUGGACUAGAGACAGAUACAGAGAGGGAGUGUGUGUGAGUGAGAGGUUGGCUUUAAUUAUUUAGGAAUUUUCUUUUAACUAAACAGAAAGCGAAGAGGAAAAUGCCACUGCUGGCUAUUUAUGCCGUAAGAAUGCGAGAAAAAAAAAUGCCAGUAGAGCAUUUCAGGGUAUUUUUAUCCUCUUCUGAGUUGAAUCAAAAACUUUAAUUGUU